AUGGCUAAUGCCUCAGGACCUCAUUCUAUUCUUCUCUCUCUCUCUUUCUCUCUCUCUAGUUUUCAGCCUCCUCACUCUUUUUGCCGUUUUCUCUCUAUCGUUUUCCUUUAUUUCUCCAAUAUGUUUCCCCUUUAUUUCUCUUUCUCUGAUUCACUAUGUUCCUCUCAUACUUUUAAUCUUUCUCGCCUUUUUACAUUCGUUUCUUUUUUUCAUACCCAUUUUUUAAUAUGGUUUUCUAUCGUUUUCUUCUCCUACCACUCUCUCUUAUUUUCAUCUCUCUCUCUUUUAACUCUCUCUCUUUUAACUCUCUCUCUCUCCCUCUUUUCUUCUUACUGUAACAUUCGCUAUCUCUCUUCUUCUUCUUCUUCUUCUUCUUCUUCUUCUUCUUCUUCUUCAACUUUCCUCCCACUUCUCUCUUUCCAUAAUACAUUAUAUCUGGGCCCUCUUUUUAUUUAUCUCCCCAUUCCAUUUCACCCCUCUCUCUCUCUCUCUCUCUCUCUCUCUCUCUCUCUCUCUUUCCCCUAUUUCUUUUGUUGCAUGAUUGGUCUCUUUCCAUCUAUCUUUUCUCCCCUCUCUAUACCAUUUCCCUACUCUCUUCAUCCCAUUUCCCGUCUCUCUCUCCUAUUUGUUCUCUCUCCUUGUUCUUCUCUCCUAUCUCCAUAUCAUUUCCUCAUCCUCUCUUUCCUUAAGUACAAGUACUUCUUUCUUUUCUUCUAUAAUUGUUUCCUUCCCUCUUUCUGUACUCUUCUCUCCGUCGCAUUUUGUCUCUCUCUGCUAUUUUCUACUUUAAUUUUCUCCCACUUAUCUCUUUCUCGCAUCUCCAGACCACUCUCUCUCUCUCAUUUCUUUUCAUUCCUCUUUUCUUCCAUCUUCAUACCAUUUCUCCAUUUUUUAUCUUCCCUUUUUCUUUUCUCUAUAAUUGUCCUAACUCCUUCCUCUUCUCUCUCAUAUCCAUUCCAUUCUCUUUCUCUCUCUCUUUCUCUCUCUCUCUCUCCGUCUCCUGUUCCUCUACCAAUUUUCUUCCAUUGCUCUCUUUUAUUCUGCCAUCUCCAUAAUAUUUUUCUAUUCUCUUUUUCUAUCCACUUUUCUUUUCUCUAA